AGCAUGCGCAGAAAAUCCCGCAUUCCAUGAGGGAGGGAAAUAAGAAUCAUCUGCCUAAACGGCAUCACAUGCUGUGAUCCGCUCCUUCAACAAUGUUUGGGUGUCGAUUUAGCGUUGUGUUCUUCUGUUUGGCUGCUAUUAUGUCCAUUUCUUUUGCUCAUCCCAAGUACAAGUAUUUCGACGAAUACCUUCUGCAUCUGGAGAAGCGUCAGCAAUCCAUCCUGGUGCAGCAGAUCGAAAUCAAGAUGGCAGUACCUUCUUUAUUUCUCAGGACAGGCAAAGUCCGAAGCAAAGAGGAGCAGUGCUGCACUUUGGGUCAGAUGGCCGGAGAGAAAGGAUACCUCUGUUUCUCCCAAUUCUAUGCAACAAGGAUUAUCUAUAGAAACUAUAAUAGGGCACACAAUAAGAGAAUUCCUCAACUUCUCCACAAGGGUAGAAAGAACGAUUCGACGGCAGACAAAUUGAUGCGCACAUUUGGACAGUGCGUCGAAAACAGAGGCGCCAUCUUCCACAAGUGCUGCCGCCACGCGUCCAUCCGUGGAGUAUGAAGCAUCGUAUGAUUCAUCGUUGUAAAUAACCCACCUCUUUGUAAAUCUCUAAAUACGCUCUGAACACAUUUUUUUUAUUCAUGUCCGGUAGCAUGAAUCAAUAUACAUAUUUCGAAAAAGAACAGUUUAUUGGAUUCUUUAAUUAAAUAUGCCCUCAGUUGAGUUCCAGUUGAAAUUUCAUUCGUUUCGGGUAUAAAUUCUAACAGGAAUUUACAUAUUCUUCAACCCUAUGCAAGAAUCUAUUAAUGUACCAUACUUGAAUGAAUGAGGUUAUUUUUCGUUCCUCAAUCCAUAUUUGCUAGUUUAUCAAGUAAAAAACCCAUAUAUAAUCUGUGGAAUUAAUAUUCUCACUAGUGACAGUUCUGGUUAGUAUGGGUUUCAGGGUCACUUUGAAACUAACUCAUUAUUAUUUGCAAACUAUUCCUUCCCUCUUAAUUGUUAAACAACACGAUGCGUGAAUGUGCAGUAGUUAUUUUCAAUGAAAUUCUUAUUUUCAAGCAUUGCAAUAUUUUAUACAAGUAUUGUUUCUAACAGUAUUCCAAAUAGAAGUCUUAUUUUCCGAUUUCAAACCAUAUUUCUUUUCUUUUUUCAGAGAUCUGUUUACAACUUAGAUCGCGAUUUAAUUUCACAUUGAACUGACCUCUUUAUUUAUUUUUUUAUUUCCCAAGUCAAAAUAGUAAACAACUUCAAUUUAUCUUUCACACUCUUAUUUACCCAGACUAACAUUUAAUUUAAGUACACUGACUGUACCUUAUCAAUGCAUUAUCGAUAAUCACAAGAUCUUGAGAAGAUAUUUAGAAAAGAAAAAUAAAAGUUUUUAUUUCGAUAAAACAGAGAAGAGAUGUAAAUCAAUAACAUUGUGCACAGUUAAUGCACUCAUUGUUAUCAUUAUGUAUGAUUCAUUCCAAUAAAAUUGUCAUUUCUUUGUAAAUAAACAUUUUUUGCUGUUAAA